CGCCUCGCCCGGGCUCCGCAGCUCCGCCGCCCGCGGGGACGCCAUGGAGCCGCCGCCGGCCUGCGCGGGCUGAGAGCACCAGAGUUGGUAUCUGCUGCCCCCGACCUGCACCGGACCCAGCCCGAGCCCCACAGCACCCCACUGGCAGCAGCAUGGCCUUAGCUGGUUUGUUAACAUGUGCUAUGCCCACCUCUGGAGCGGUGCCUGGAGGUGGUGGAUGUAAAUCCUGACAGAUCGCUGCUGAAAGCUGCUGGGAAGAUACAUCCAUCUCAUUGAUGGUCCCUUCAGCACAUUCAGGUGCCUCCAGCAUCUUCACAAGCUCACCCGCCAUCACCCAGGGUGAUGCUGGUGCUGGGUGCUGAGCUUGGGGUGUAGGGGGUGCCCUGAGCCCCCCGUGCACAGUGAGUCCUUCUGCAGCUCCAUGGUGCCGGGGCAUCUUCCUGCAUGGGGACAGCAGAUGGGAGCCUCCUACCGCCCAUUUCAUGACACAGGAGGGGACUUUCUCUGUCAAAUACAGCUAAAACUGAUCGAAAAGCUCCUGACCAGGUCCUUCCAUCCCCUCAGUGUCCCGCUAAAUCCCUUCUCUGGCUGGAAGGGGGAGCGCAGGGGGCGGCAGGGGCUGCCCCUCAGCCCGGGCGCCAUGUUCUACAUGCAGCUGCUGGUGAACAAGCGUGGGCCGCUGGCCAAGAUCUGGCUCGCUGCGCACUGGGAGAAGAAGCUCACCAAAGCUCAUAUCUUCGAGUGCAACCUGGAGGCUACCAUUGAAAAGCUCAUCUCACCAAAGUUUACAAUAGCUCUGCGAACCUCUGGCCACUUACUCCUCGGAGUAGUGCGGAUUUACCACAGGAAAGCCAAGUACCUCGUGGCAGACUGCAGUGAAGCUCUGGCAAAAAUGAAGACAGCCUUUCGGCCGGGCCUUGUUGACCUUCCCAAGCAGAGCUAUGAGGCUACUUAUCAGUCCAUUACGCUACCUGAAGAGUUUCAUGAUUUUGAAACACCACUACCUGAUGUAAAUGCCAUUGACGUUGCUGAGCACUUUACCUUGAACCAGAGCAGAGCUGAGGACAUCACACUUACAGAGGAUUAUGAGAGCAAUUUACUUCUCUGUGAUAGAAACUUUGAUGAUGAACCAGAAGCCCUGAGGAAACAGAGCUUCUUCGAUGGCAGCAUCUUAACCAGCAGCAACAGUCUUGUGGUGGAUCACUCUGUGAGUGUGAAGGGGGACAAGUCUGCCCUGUGUGAGGAGACCUUCUGCUUUGAGCGUGACUGCUUUGGAGACGAGGAGGAUGCUGCAGAUAUGAUAGAAAUCCUGUUGAGGGACGAGCACACAGGCCUGGAUCAAGACAUUCUUGCUAUGGAGGAAGAACACCCUUUGUCCCGAGAUCCACUGGAGAACAGCGCAGCCAUCGAGUCCUGCUGUGCAGACACCAGCAGUAAGGAAGUCAGCCACCUAGUGAGUGAAACCACACUUGUGUUGAAAGAAGAUGAUGGAUUUGUGCUUGAGCCGGUUGACGCUGCAGCUGUCACCCAGAGGAAUAAGAAUAAAAGAAAGAGGAAGUUGUUUGUGGAUGUAGACAAAGAACUCACUUGCAAUGCCAUGUACAACCAGCUGAACAACUGCACAGACAUCAUGGCCACCUUAGACCUCGCACCCCCAACCAAAAAGACAAUGCUGUGGAAGAAAUCCGGAGGUGUGGAUAAACUCCUGUCCCACACGACAGAGCUGCUGCUUCCUGCUACGCUGCAAAUGUUCUUUGCAACAUGCUUCAAGAGUCAUGGAUUUAAGAUGAGAAGAAAUGAAAUACAGGAGGAGUCUGAAGUGGAGGAAACAAGGAAAGAGCAAGAGACCACAGAGAUGCUGAUAGUAGAAGAGCCAAGUUUCCUGCAGGAAUCAGCUCAUUCAGACACUGAGAGAAAAAUUAGACAUGAUUCGUUUAUGUUGCCAUCAGAGAAUAACAGAAAUGAAACUGAUGAUCACUGUGGUGAAACUAUACAGGGUGCAAUGGUUUUGUCUGAGAACUCCUCACUGACGACCAAUAUCCUGGGCCAAGAAGCUGAAAGGCAGCAAGCUGAGCUGACAAACGAGCUCACGAGGAACAGGAAAGACAGUGAAGAAAUAAGGUGGAACAAAAGAACUCUCCAGUUCUUAAAAACCUUACAGCACCUGAAGAGAUCCGGGGUGAGCUCUUUCAGUUUCCAGGAGCUCAGCUGGAAAAACACCCGGAAAGAGGCUGCAGCCAAGUUCUACAUGCUGCUGGUGCUGAAGAAGCAGUCACUUGUGGAGCUCAGGCAGAGCGCUCCCUUCGCCGACAUCACGGCCGCCGCCGGGCCCAUGUUCAAUGCUCACUGAGCUCAGGUCAGAGCCAGAUACGCCACCAAAAAUCAACCUGAUGUUGAUUCUCCAGCAAAUAGAUUUUGGGGGAAAAAUGAUUUAACACCUUGUUAAACCAGGGAGCCACCUCUCUGAACUACCGAGUAACAGGCUCGUGCCAUGUGCCACCAUGUGCCACACAUGCUCACCAGUGUGGUCCCUUGCUUGUUUAUUUUUAAUAUAUGUGGUUUGAUGAUGAGCAGUUACUUAUUCUGUUAAUAAAAUAUCGCUAAAAUACAUGGGGGAGGGAUUUACAUUGUGGAGGAUAUUAGGAAAGUCCUUAAAAAGCUUUCUGGGAGACCAGAUUUUAUCUAACACACGUGUUAAUCCUCACACCAUUGGGAAGAGACACCUGCUGAGCUCUCUGUAUCCAAAAUUCACCUAUUUGAAAUGAUUCCUUCCAGGGAAUGGCCAGUGUUUGAUAUUUUAAGGGAGGUAGUGCCUCCAGCGUUGUUUCCAUGGGUUCAGGCUGGGACAGGUUACACAGCCCCUGGAAGAGCCGCAUGAGCAUCAGGACAAACCCCUCUUCUCUGCAAAUCCUCCCAUUUCACAUUCCCUGGAGCACGUUCACUUAAGGAGGAACCCUUUUAUUUCUGUGUAGCCCUAUUUAAAAAUGGCUGUUAAAGGAAAUCUUCGAGUUCUUUGCAUUUUUAUCUAAUUUAGGAUGAGUUUUAACACUUGCACUGUCAUGUGGUGGUGGUUUUCAGGCACGCUGAACCCGCGCGGGUGGCUGUGGGUGCAUUCCCCCCUCUUACCAUGAAACCAAUAAAACCCAGAACACAA